ACUAGCCUUUCGAAUUCCAUAUCUGAUAAACAAAUUCUUGAAAAUAUGCUUGAUGGAGAUGAUUUAGCUCCGGGCUCUGCUUCACAUUUGGCUCAUUUAUUCGACAAGGCUAAAAAAACGGGACAGAAAGAAAUUUUACGUUG